GACGAGAAAGACAAAAACCAAAGUAGAAAUUACAUAGCUUGAACAAAGGCUGUCUGAAAUCUACGCAUCCCCCUCGGACAGAUAUCGAGUGGCAUUAAUGGCAUCUUGACGAUAAUGUAAUGGGAUCUUACCUAUUGCGGAAUAUAGGGCCGCUAUUAUUUUCAUAAUUUCGUAUAUAAGGAAUGGAUGUUGGAGACAAAUCUUCAGUAUACGGUGAUGGCUCGUGCGAGACGUGUCCUGGGAAGGAUGAAAGUCCUUAUUCUCUGUGUAAUGAUCUAUGGUUUGUCGGCGGAGAGUACAGAGGAAGUCUUAUCACUUGGCCGAUGGAAGGAGCAGGUUAUUGCGCCGGAGUUUCUGUUGAACAGUCGCGAGGAUAUUUCAGAGAGCAGUCGGGACGCGUUCCUCUUUGAGGACAACUUCCGUCCCAAGGGACUCAAUGAGAUCAAACGAAUCACCAACACCGAGAAUGUCGGCAUCCGUUUGCAGCCGCGUCUCGUAACGAGAUCUUUGCAAUGCACCUGCGAAACGCAAUACGAAAUAAGAGAUCUGGGCGAUGGACAUUAUCCAAGAUACUUGACAACGUCGAGUUGUGUGCCGAAAGCCUGCCUGAGCAAGUUCAAUUCCUGCCGACUGCUGCAUUAUAUAGUUUACGUGUUGAGUCAACGUGAAUUGAGCGAGUUAAAUGAUGACCGUUAUUCACACGAUAGUGAUCUUCAGGAAACACCACUUCCGGAAGCUCUCCGUCAUAAGUGGCAACUGAAGCCAAUGAAAAUUCCGGUUGCGUGUGUGUCGAUGACAGGAUAGAAGAAAUAAUGUAUGACCAACUCGGACGUACCAAGAGAAGAUAGAAUUUAUUAGCGGCUUCCAUCGAUCGUUUUAAAGAUUGUUAAGUAUUUGAUGAAUAGAUACAAAAUAUUGAAUUUUAUGUUUCUGCUUGCAAUACCUACUUGGCAAAAUUUGAAAUAUAAAAGUAAUAAAUAAAUAACUGAACUGAA